CGCUAUCUUCCUACGUGGAAACGAGAAGAUGACUGCACUACGAGUACUAAUCACUUGAUGCUUGAUGGUGUUGAUAGAAUGGAUUUCAUUUAUCCAUAACCAGCCAUCGAAGCAUAAAGAUAUCUGUCAAAUCCUAAACUAAGAUGUCCAGUAACGAUGCAGUGAGCAGCAAUAACAACAGCGAGGAGGAAAUCCUUCGCAAAAAACUGAAACCCGAUCCUACUGCCGAUCAAGUUAUUGACGCCGUCCGUACAUACUUUUACGGCGGAAAGGAGGACGUGGAGAUCAAGCUCAAGAAAGAACUGGAAAGCUAUGACGAUCGCAACUUUUGGAUAACUGUGGAUGGCACCGAUUACUUGGCAAAGGUCCAUAAUGGGGUUGAAUCGAGGGACUUGAUCCAGUAUCUGCAAAAUGAUGAAAAGGAAGAUAAUAGCUAUAAAAAAUCAGCCAUUCAUCUGCAGAAUGCCAUUAUGAAACACUUGAAUAAUUGUGGGAUCUCUACAAACAUACCUCAGGAACCUAUUGCCACAGAGAACACGUCGUCAUCUACUCCUGUUGCCGUGGUGUCACUCCCGGUCCACUCGAAGGAUGAUUCACCUACUCCCUUGGUGCUACGAUUGCUGGGGUGGGUGAGCGGGAGACCCAUGAGUGACCACCACAUGCUGCCAAUUGAAUGCCUGGCGGAUGCCGGUCGCUUCCUCGGGAAUUUAAGCGUUGCGCUCUCGUCCAUACCAGACGCUGAUCACUUGCAAGCAGCGAAACGAUACCAUCAAUGGGACGGGAAGAACACCGCAGAUCUUCGAGACUUUGUCAAGUACGUCACCGACGAGCGGAGACGAUCCAUCGUGAAUAGUGUGAUCGAUGCCUUCCAAAAAGACCUAAUCGAUAGCAAGGUAGCGGAAACUUCUUUCAAAAAAUCGUUGAUCCACGCAGACUUCAACGACGCAAACUUUUUGCUCGGCGACGACUUCUGCGUUUCGGGGGUGAUCGAUUUUGGCGAUUCUGUAGAGAGGUGAGAAGAAAUUCAGUUUUAUUUGUCGUCGUUUGUUGUGUAUUGCCGCGCUGUUGGCUGUACAACCGAGCUCGUGUAAACUAGAGAAUCCUUCUUGAUCUCGUAUCUGGAAGAUAUGGAUGUCGACCGAUUGACAAAAAUGUUGUCGGAGGCAUCCUUUUCUUUCCAACCGUGUUGGAUUCUUCAAAACUUAGAGCUACAAAAAACCACGGAUUAAAGCCCCGGAUCGUCAACGCUAUCAUGGACAUCCUCGAUAUGGAAAAAGAUCGAUAGGUGGAUAAUGUCAUGACGACGGCGGUCAAACAUUCUUAAAAAGAGAUUGAUAGUUUUGUGCUUUUUCGAUACAACUUCCGCAAGCAAAAACUCCAGGCGCCAUACUGUUGACUCACAAGUUUUGUUCUCUUCUGGUAUGAUUGUGAUUCAUCUAACAGCUGGAACAUUUUAGAUUUGUCUGUAGCCAUGGCCUAUGCCAUGCUCAACGCAUUUGGGAAACACCAACGAUCGCUGGCUGCCGCUGCGGCCGUGCUGCGUGGAUACAACUCGGUUCGCCCCAUUGGCCCGGAAGAGCGCCGGUACCUGCCGCUCUUGAUCGCCUGCCGAUUGUCAUGUAGUGCGACCCUGGGGGCGUACUCCUAUGCCCAGAACCCCGGAAACGAAUACCUGUUGCUGCACGCGACUCCGGCUUGGAACGCAUUGGAGCUCAUCUGGGGAACCGAUCCCGAGCGCAGAUCGUCUGUGCUGGAGACCGUGCAGGAGGUCUUUGAUCUGGCGUGCUCCUCGUGCGAGACCGACAAGAAGACCCGGGUCAUCGGUUGCACUGAUCUGAAUUUCCCAGAUCCUUCGGUGCCGGACCCGCUGGCAGGAGCCCGCAGUCGGAAGCGAAAAGAGAUGGAAUAACAAAAUGAAGCAAUGCCCAAAUGGUUAUAGAUCAGCACUAAUAAAAUUAGAAAUCAAUC